AUGAAUUUUCUCAAUUUUCUCCUCAUUUUCGCCGUUUCGACCACUUUCCUCGACGCCGUCCGGGUUUGGCACAAAUCGGAUCUUCCUCAAUUCAGGCGGGUUACUCGCAAAUCGCAAAAACAAACAAUUUCCGAACGUUUUAGGCCUAAAAAAGUGGAAGAAGAUGUGUCAAGCGCGCCACAAAAUCGGAUAGUCGCGUGGAAAAACAAUUUGGCGUUCGAAAAAGUCACCAGAGCCAGCAACGUGUUUUGUCGGGUAGGCAAUCGCGCUCCAUUGCGAAAACCGAAAAAUUUUUCCGCUUACAGUAUACGUUAAAGGCGCAUAACUAGUUUUUUUCGUUUUUUGAAUGGUUUUUAGCCUUAAAUCCUGGAAAACCGUCGCUAAAACGCAUGUUACAGUGAUUUAAAGGCGCAUGCCCCUGCUACCGGAACAUUUUCCGCUUACAGUAUACUUUAAAGGUGCAUAACUAGUUUUUUUUCGUUUUUUGGAUGAUUUUUAGCUUGAAAUCCUGAAAAAACGCAUGUUAAAGUGAUUUAAAGGCGCAUGACCCUCGUUACCGAAAAAUUUUCCGCUUACAGUAUACUUUAAAGGCGCAUAACUAGUUUUUUUUCGUUUUUUGAAUGGUUUUUAGCUUGAAAUCCUGGAAAAACGCAUGUUACAGUGAUUUAAAGGCGCAUGACCCCCGUUACCGGAAAAUUUUCCGCUUACAGUAUACUUUAAAGGCGCAUAACUAGUUUUUUUUCGUUUUUUGAAUGGUUUUUAGCUUGAAAUCCUGGAAAAACGCAUGUUACAGUGAUUUAAAGGCGCACAACCCCGUUUUGUUUCAGGUCUACAAACUGUGUGCUCACUAUUCGUUCGGCAUCACCGCUCUGAACAUUUUGGCGAAAUGGCGCAACAGCGGCAUGAUUUACCCGUACAAAAAGUGGGACGGAACGCCGGAUUCCGACAUUCCCGUACAGCAAAUCAAUAAUUUUGUGCGAACCUUGCACAACACCAAGAGUUCGGCGGCGACAAGUCGGCUACAGUAA